CAGUGCAGUCUGUGACAGAGAAGUCUUCCGGCUCAGAGAACGGCACACACGGGCUGAAGGACACGAGCACUUCCGUGUUUCCCGGUGGCGCGGCGGGUGUCACGGGUUCGAGUCGCUGUAAGAAACCGUCCUCACCCGCCACUGAUCCCAGAUCAACGAUUCCCGAACCGUCCCGCAUCAGACAUUUACACCGAUUCACUUUAAUACAGCCGCUCCGCUUCACUUCAGAUGGAGGAAUCGCAGUUAUGACGCUUAAUAUCAGAGAAGGAAGAUAAAACGCAGUCAGGACGGAGAGAAACAUUGCGCACGUCCACCAGUUAACACUUUAGCUAACACACAGGUGUAGAGACACACCUGCUGACGGAACGCGGUAGUUUAGUGAAACACGACUGACUUGAUCGGUCUCAUUAACACUCAGUAACUUUACAGUCUGUGUGUGUAGUUUUGGACAUUUGCAGCUCGUGGGAUCACACAGAUUCAGACCUACAACAAUCAAAACCAUGUCGCAGCGGAGCAGAUCGUCCAGCAGGCGGCGCCAGUGGGCGUGGCUGAUGUCACGCUGGACUCUGUUGGGUGUUUUUGAGAUUGAUGAAGAGCAUGAGUUUUAUGAGCUCACCCGUAUGAUGAAGAGCGGUCUUUCCACUGCAGUACAGAACACCCCCGAUGACCCAGCAUCUAAUGAACUUUCAUCUGAUGAUUUCAUCAAAGAAGAAACUGAUAUGCACGAGGAUUUUCUGAUGCAAACGUUUGCUGGUCCUGCGUUUGCCAACCUGCGUCGUUCUGUGAACAUCAGAGAGGAAGAGUAUGAGACUUCACUGGCCUCACCUGAACCGUACCUGCAGUUUAUCAGCAACUCCAAGAGCAAAGCCGACUUCUUCAUCACGCAUGACAGAAGAUUCUUCCUGAAAACACAGAAUAAAAGAGAAAUCAACUUUCUCGUGUCCAACUUAAGAAUUUAUUUAGAGCACCUUCACAAAUACCCCCAUUCACUGCUGGUGAAAAUACUGGGUGUGCAUCGGCUUAUUUCAGGCAAAACAAAGAAAUAUUUUAUUGUGAUGCAAAGUGUCUUCUAUCCUGAUGUGAGGGUCAUGGCCAGGUAUGACAUCAAAGGUUGUGAGGUGGGCCGUUGGACAGAUCCCACUCCUAAGAAAGAGGAAGCAAUAGUUAUUUUAAAGGACAUGAACUUCGAGGGACAGCACAUCACUCUUGGAGAACAGAGCUCCUGGUUGGUUCGACAGGUGGAGAUUGACGCAGCUUUUCUCCGCUCGAUGAACGUGCUGGACUACAGUCUUCUGUUAGCUCACCAGCCGCUACAUAAAGACGAGGUGGAUCAGAAACAUCAUCUCGCCAAUCUUGUUUGCCGCACUGCCAUAUCUCUGGAUCAGAACCUCCCCACUCAUGCUCGCUCAUUCAGCAGCUGUUCAGAAGAGAGAGACUCUCACACGCUGGUGUCUCAACGUGAAACAGCAGAAGAAGUUCAGUUACAUCACCAGCACGAAGUUCAUUCUCAGGACCCUCAGCAGGUACAGACGCAGAACAGGAGACUGCUGCCGGACUUCAGAAACCCUCUUCACGUGAUCGAUGGACCUCACUCCAGAUAUUUUGUGGGCAUUAUAGAUAUUUUCACAGAAUAUGGAUUCAAAAAGAAGCUUGAGAAUCUAUGGAAGAGGAUUAAGUAUCCGAGGCACACGUUUUCCACAGUAAGCCCCUCUGCUUACUCUUUGAGAUUGGUUCAGUGGGUUGAAAAGCACACAAAGUAGGAUUCUAACACCGUGUCUACACCGGACGCGACGAGACGCGACAAAAGACAACAGAAACUCAUUGGAACCCAUUAUAGUUUUACAUUUUGUCCACACUGGAUGCGGAAACACUGGAUGUGAAACAAGAAACUAAUGUUAAUACCGUAGAGAUUGAUAACUGUACAAUUGUUGUUGACUACCUGAUCAAUUUAAUUUAGCUGAUAUUUUUUCAUAUCUGAAAUCAAUCAAUUUGGCUUUUAAUCCACUGUUUGUGUUUAAAAGUGUUGCAUUUGAUCAAAGUCUUAUAUUAUUUUUAAUGAUUCUUUUUUAUUUAUUUUUAUAACUGUUUAUACGGUUGCCAGCAUCAGUUUACAAUGUUUUAAAUAAAACAAAUACAAAUUUGUAUUCAUAUUUUAAUGCAUUUCACUUUCUGAACGCAUGCUAUGCAGAUUCAUGAAAGCAUUGACACCUCAAAAUUUACUUAAAAAUAUCGUUCACGCUUCGAGGUCCUGAAGUCCGUCUUUUUGGGCUAGGAUGACUAGUAUAAAUAAUAAUUAUUGUAUUAAUUUGUUUAAUAUUGCUUAUUAUUUAAAUCCUAACAA